CGAAAAACAAGUAGGCGGAGUUUGAGGCGAAGGUGUACACAGUGUUCACAGAGACUGAGCAAAACUAUCGACCACUGUUCACAGUGUUAAAACAAGCUGACUGACGAAAUACCAAAGCAGCCCUCACUUCAACAACAACGUCGGGGUUUUCUCCUAUUGCUUUUCCAGUCUACUGAGAGCUGCCAUGUCCAGGCUGGACUAAUGCAGCUGGAGCAUGGACGCGGCUCCGGGAUAAAUCAUGACUCCAGUUCCUCUCUCACUGCUGCUGGCGCUGCUGUGCAGCGGCGGGGUCACUUCAGGCUCCCAGCACGGCAGCAACCAUUCUGGAUUCGCUUCAGCUAUGAUGUCUGAAAACAGCAACGAUGAGUGUGACGAUGUGAUGAACCUCAGUGCUGCAGAACGCUGUGCGUUUGUGAAGAACACAUCUGACUGUAACAUGGAAGAUGGCUUCAUCAACUACCUUGAUCUGGCCUUCUGCUUGCUACCGCCCAACCUCACACCUCUCACCAUCACUCUAUGUAUUAUAUGGCUGCUGCUCUUGUUUGUCAUUCUUGGACUUACUGCAUCUAAGUUUUUCUGUCCAAACCUCUCAGCAAUCUCCUCCAGCCUUCACCUCUCUCACAACGUGGCUGGCGUGACGUUCCUGGCUCUAGGCAACGGCGCUCCUGACAUCUUCAGUGCCAUAGCAGCGUUCUCCCAUCCUCACACUGCCGGGCUGGCUGUAGGAGCGUUAUUUGGAGCCGGUAUAUUCGUUACCACGGUAGUUGCUGGCAGCGUGGCACUCGUCAAACCUUUUGCUGUGGCUUCUCGUCCAUUUCUGCGUGAUGUCUCCUUCUACAUGGUUGCAGUGUUCUGGACUUUCCUCAUGCUGUACAGGGGAACUACUACGCUACAGGAAACGCUAGGGUACCUCGGUCUGUACGUAUUGUAUGUUCUGAUUGUUAUCAUCAGUGCGUACAUCUACAGUCGGCAAAAAUAUUCAACUAACAUGAGCAUCCAAAGUGAUCCACAUAUUACAGCCGAAUUUCAUUCAUCCGACUCCUCAGAUGAUGACGUUCCCUAUCUCAACGGUGGACAUGUCCAGCAGGAGUAUGAGUCAGAGUACAGGCCUCUCCUGCCUUACUGCGAGUCCACAAGUCAGAUCCUGGUCAGCUCUUUGAAUCCAGUUGACAACAGGAAGUGGAGGAGAAAACCAUGGAGCUGGAGAGUUCUUAAACUGCUCAAGACACCUCUGGAGGUGCUGCUGCUGCUCUGCAUCCCUAUUGUCGACCCCGACAAGGAAGACAGAAACUGGAGACGGCCGUUAAACUGUCUCCAUCUGAUCACUGCUCCUGUGGUGUGUUUGUUCGCCUUCCAGUCAGGACAAUAUGGAGAUUAUAAAAUCCAAGGGCAGUUUCCCCUCUGGCUGCUGUUUCUCCUGCUUGGGCUGUUUCUGUCUGCGAUUGUUUUCUGCACAACCAGCAAUGACUCUCCUCCCAAAUAUCAUCCACUCUUUGCACUCCUGGGGUUUGUGGUGAGUGCUGUGUUGAUCAGUGCUGCAGCCUCAGAGGUGGUCAGUCUUCUGCACAUGCUCGGAGUGGUGUUGAGUCUCAGCAACACUGUGCUGGGGUUGACUCUCUUGGCCUGGGGCAACAGCAUAGGAGACUGUUUCUCUGACAUCACCAUUGCCCGACAGGGUUACCCACGGAUGGCUAUAUCCGCCUGCUUUGGAGGCAUCAUUUUCAACAUGCUGUUUGGAGUUGGUUUGGGAUGCCUAGUCCAGAUGAUUAAAACACAGUCUAAUGUGCAGUUUGAGUCGGAGGGAUUGUUGACGUGGAUUCUUGCGGGAUCUCUUGGUUUGUCCCUGGUCCUAUCUUUCAUCAUCGUUCCACUGCGCCAGUUCCAUUUGGGUCGGACAUACGGGAUCUUCCUCCUCAUCUUCUAUGCCAUUUUCCUUCUCAUAGCACUUCUCACAGAGUUUGGCACGAUCCAUAACUGACUUGUCUUCAGCCUUAAGAACCGUGAUUCACGAGCAAGAAUUGAACACUGCCUGGAACAGAGGAUGCAGUGAGGGCAGACAAAUGAUCUCUUCUGCUCAACAUGUGAACACACUAUUCAAACAUGAAUCAUUAGUGCUAAUUAUUGAACUUGCCUGGUAACCACAACUAUCUUGUGGUUGGGUAGUGAGAGCAAGCAAGAAAUGAGCAAGUUUUGACCUCAGGGAGGGCUGAAAAGAAUCACACUGUGACUUUAGUCUGUUUCUGGUCUGUUUCAUAGGAGCUGUGACUUUUGUGUCUAGAGAGAGACAACACAUGCUGUAGUUAUCUUAUUUAAUUCACGUAAGGGGGAAUCUAAGCUGUAGAUGUACUGUAAAUCAAAAUGUUUUGUAUUUGGAAAAUUUAAAAAGAUUUAUUUGUAAAUAAAAGUUGUACUGAAUAUAUAAAUAAGCACCAGUAUUGUUUAUAAUACAGCAAC